CGGCGGUUAAACGAGACGAAGAAAGAGGAAAGAAGGGAGGGAAAGGAACUCUGGUUACCCGAAGAUGUCAGCACGUUGACUCGUGUUUCGCGGUGGCAGCGGCGGUGUACGCGAGAUCGGUGGUGGUUCCUACUAUCCCGCGAGUGGAGUGCAGUGUGUGGACUGUGGUGUAGUACGUUUGAGAAACGGAGCUGGUACACGUACGUACGCGAGGAGCUGUGGUGUGGUUGCGCGUUUUCGUCUCCUCCCGUGCCGCGGGGGCUGCCCUUCGCGAGAAUCCGCGUCACGCAUGGCACCGCUCCUCCGCCGUGCCUAAGACGCCUUUUUCCCGGAGACAGAGAGAGCGAGAUCGCGACCGGGGCCCAGCCUCUUCGCGUGCCUCGUCUCGUUUUGCCGUUUUUUUUUCUCUCUCUCUCGAACGCCGAGGUGAUCGCGAGUUUACAACCGAGCCGACAGAAUGACCAGCCAGGAGACGCGUGACCAAGGGAUCAGCAAUGUAGAGACCGAGUACCUCGAGAUCAACUCGAAAGAAGCCUGGCCGAUCCUCUAUCAGCAUAUACGUAACGAAUGCAGCAAUUUCACAUUCACAUGUAACGAAUCAAAGAAACCACAGAACAAAAAUUUGAAUCGUUAUAGAGAUGUUGCCCCUUAUGACCAUAGUAGAAUUGUCCUUAAAAGGGGGCCAUGUGAUUACAUUAAUGCCAACCUUAUAAGGGUAGAUCGUGCUCACAGACAAUACAUUCUUACCCAAGGACCAUUGGAAAAUACUGCUGGCCAUUUUUGGUUAAUGGUAUGGGAGCAAAAUUCUAAAGCAGUGUUAAUGUUAAAUAAAAUAAUUGAAAAGAAUCAAGUUAAGUGUUAUCAGUAUUGGCCUCUGGGUGAUCUGUUGGAUGAUACUAUGACAUUUCUGGAUGUUGGUAUAAAAGUAGAAUAUGUCAGGAAAACAGAUUCAUCGGAUUACACGACUAGAAUAUUAAAAUUAACAGAUUUGGAAUCGAAAGAAAGUAGAGAAAUACUACACUUUCACUAUACUACUUGGCCAGAUUUUGGAGUACCGCAGAGCCCAACAGCCUUUCUUCGUUUUCUGGCUGAUGUUAGGCAAUCGGGAGCAUUGGAUCAAAAUGUUGGGCCCCCGGUUGUUCAUUGUUCUGCUGGUAUUGGAAGAUCAGGAACAUUUUGCUUAGUAGACACCUGCCUUGUUUUGAUUGAAGAAAAUGGAUUGAAUUCUGUGAAUGUUAGAGACGUAUUGAUUGAAAUGAGAAGAUCCAGAAUGGGUUUAAUCCAGACGCCGGAUCAAUUGAGAUUUUCGUAUGCUGCUAUCAUCGAAGGAGCAAAACAAUUGCCAUCCAAUAACGUGAACAUUGAUAAUGAGAUAGUAACAAAUCAUUAUGAUAUAGUAAAUAAUAUUAGUCAUUCUUCGAUCGAAGAAGAAGACGAACCGCCUCCUUUGCCACCACCGAGAGGUGAGUCGUUAACGCGUAGUAUGAUGGCGGAUUUAACUUCAAAUGUAACGACGAAAAACGAUGAAUUAGGUGGACCUCCUGAUAAACCAUUGCCAAGGGAACCGCCGACUCACGUAGAAACAUCGAACAAUCCACCACGCGCAAACUCUACAGUGAUCACGAAUAAUUUACACGAAAACAAUUCCGACGAUGUUGCAGUGCCUAAUGAAACCAGAAGUGACGGUGAAAAUUCUUUGCAGACGAACAGCCCUCCGUCCAGUCCAAAUGCGAAAAACGAAGUACGUCAGCGCACUAAAGAAAAGAACGAACGUUUGACAGCAUGCGUACGGGAGAUCAAGCGUCGACAAAAGGAGACAGAAGAAUGGCAAAAGCUCAAGAGAUCUAAAAGCGAAACUACCGAAACCAGCGAAACCGUGCACGAGGAGGCCGAGCCGGCGAUCUAAAUGUACCGUAAAGAAACGAACCGAGAUCGCGAUUUAAGUGCCCUAAGAGACAUACAUAGACACACACACACAUACAUACAUACAUUCACGUACUCACAUAUAUACAGAGAGAAAGAGACAUACACGUUACAAAGAAUGACAAGCAGAGAGAGAGAGAGAGAGAGAGAGUGAGAGAGAGAGAGAAAGAGAGAGAGAGAGAGAGAGACGUUCGUUAUUUUCGAAACGUUUUAUACACCACGAGCUAAUGAAGCUAUUUAUUGAAGACCAUCCAUGAACAAAAGUACAUAAAUUGGAGGAAAUAAAUCGAUGUGUUUGGUACAACUCGAUCCUCGAUCCUUUGAUGCCGCGCGAGAAGACUUUUUUUUGGGCAUCCCGUGACGAUUCAUCCUAUCCCGUGAGCUUCGAUCUUCAUCCCUUAUUCGUCUUCUCUUGGAUACCAUGGGUGAGUAACGAUUGCCGUCUGUAAUGACUCGUUUUUCUCUGUUUCACACUAAUAUCAUGGCAAAAAUUGUUUUGUACAGUAUUAUAAUUACCCUUUCCUGUAUAGUCGGGACUGGU